UCAGUCUGUCGGUAGCAGUCCUUGACACGCAACCAUGUCUCUCUGGAGGCCAUACCUUUUAGACGAAAUUAAGACAACAGAAGUCCCGAUGGACUUGACAGUGACACAGGUGCCACAAUCUGUACCUGUUCCUGUAUCGACGACAUAUUCAACGUUCCCGACGUAUCCACUAUACCCGGGGUACGUGCCGCUGCCGAUGCUCGAGGCCGCGGCGAACAGGAGUGUCUUCUUGGUGUCGCCGAGUGGUAGCAUGAGCUCAGGCUACCAAUCUUCCAGUGCGCCAUCACCGUCACCCCUGCCUGCUCCACCUGCCGCCGUCUCUGCACCGAAGAGCUCGACUGCCGAGAUAAAAGAUGAUCUGGCUGAUGAUCCAGAUUUCCAACGUUACGCUGAGGCUGCCAUGUCUGCCAUGGCGGCUAGAAACGGCGGCGCGUUAAUUGGCAACAAUCCGCACAUGCGUCGUACCGUGCGGUCGCAGGCGCACACCGGCGCCGCGGCGGAGGACGACGCCUACCGCCGCAACCGCGAGAAGAACAACGCGGCGGCGAAGCAGAGCCGCGACCGACGGAAGCUGCGCGAGAUACAGCUCUCGCUGCAGGUGUCGUACCUGAAGCGGCGGCUGGCGGCGCUGCAGCGGUCGGCGGGGGCGCGCGCCUGCAGCCGCUGCCACCACGCUCUGUGCUAG